AAAUCCUCACUCUAACCGAUGAAAUUACACGAGUACGAACGAGUAAGCAAAAAGCAAAGAAUAUCACUAAUUCUGAAAAUUCAAGAUUACAUUAGAAAAAACCAUUAGCUGAAGGAGACCUUUUGAUAACUGCAAGUAUGCUUUCGAUGUAUCAUCACUUGUCAUUAAGUCUAACCCAAUUUGAUUUAUUCUAUGCUAUUAGUUGUAACAAUGGAUUUUGCAUAGUCCAACCAGUUUUCCGUAGGGUUGUGAUAAUAGGGCUCGUUCGUUGACAUUCAUCAUUUAUAUCAUUUAUUUUGGUAAUAAGAGUUUACCCACUGCGAAUGUUGUACCAGUUAAUUACUAUUGUUUGAGUAUAUAUCGUUCAAAUGGUGUGCACUAAACGUCGCCAAAACCAUUCAAGAAUGUGCGUAUAGUGAUUGAAAGAAGCAUGAAAGAAGUACAUACGACCUUAAUUUAGGAAAUUAAAGCUUAUGCUGCCAUUUCAGAAAAGGCCGUUCUCACCUCACCCGCGUGAUACAAGUUUAAAUACGAUUUCAAGAUACUUAAUCAUGGAAUUCACGCCAGACGGUAUUGUAGACAGAUCGUUUAAUGAUCCCUUCCGUUUCCGUAUUGCACCUGAAUUAGCCUUCACGACAGGUCAACUUGAGGCCCUACAAGCCAUUCUCGAUACCUUUAUCGCCCCUCUUCCUCAGCAUGAAGAAGAUGCUCUUGUUCAAAAGUUCCGUCAUACUCACACCGAGGAGGAGGUACGUGCAUUCUGCCGGCUCUCCAGUUCGUCACUUCAGACUCUUGAUUCAGUCAAGGCAUUUAUUCAUCGUACCGUUAUCCCAGAAAAACGCCAAGAUUUCAUAUGGAUACUCUCUUUGCUGUCCUCGAAAGCUGGCACGUUUGCUCUCACUGGCCAUUUCCAAACCUUUAAAGACCUAUCUAUUGAGGAUCGUGAAAAAGUUUUUCUGUCUUGGAAGGAUUCAUUUUUAUCGCCGUUGAGAUUAUUGUACAAAACUUUUCAUUCAUUAGCUUGCCAUCCAGCCUAUGCAACCCAUGCGAAAGUGUUGGGUGAUGCUAUGCAUUAUAACAGAUAUAUUGAUAAAGCACGAAAGCAGGUUUACACUGAUUUGCCAGAAAGAUUUCCAAUGUUGCAGCCUGAAGAUUUGAAGGAGAAUAUGGAAUAUGACGUGAUUAUCGUUGGUAGUGGUGCUGGUGGAGGUGUGGUGGCUAGCCAGUUAGCUCAGGCAGGAAAAUCGGUUCUUGUCAUUGAAAAAGGUUCCUACUAUCAUGAAAGUGAGUUCAUCCCAGAAGAAUCUGCUGCUUUCCAAAACUUAUAUGAAAAUGGUGGGUUCUCUGUAAGUUAUGAAGGUGCCAUUUCCAACCUAGCAGGAAGUGUGUUUGGUGGUGGCACUACCGUUAAUUGGAGUGCUUGCUUAAAGCUUCAGCAUUUCGUACGCGAAGAAUGGGCAAAGCAAGGCUUGUCUUAUUUUAAUUCACCAACAUUUGCAAAAGACCUGGAUCGCGUUUUUGAAGUGAUAGGAGCGUCAACAGAAAACAUUGUUCACAAUGGCUCCAAUCAAGUAUUGAUAGACGGAUGCAGAGCUCUUGGUUACCCAGUAGCAGAUAUCGCGCAAAACACCUCAGGUAAACCACACACUUGUGAGUUUUGUUUCACCGGUUGUCGUGCUGGUAUAAAGAAUGGUACUAUGAAUUCUUGGCUUCGUAACGCUUAUAAUCACGGUGCUCAGUUUCUUGUUCAAACGAAAGCCAAUCGCAUCGUAACCGAAAAAAUAGGUGAAGUAAGAAGAGCAGUAGGUAUAGAAUGCUUCGCUCAUUACAAUCGAGACAAAACGAUUUACAUCCGUGCUCGUGAACAAGUCAUUGUGUCUGCUGGCUCAUUACAGUCACCAGGUCUCUUGUUACGUAGCGGCCUUACUAACCCACAUAUCGGACAUCAUCUGCAUUUACAUCCUUGUUCCAUUACUUUCGGCUUCUUUGAUGGUCGAAAGAAGGAAGUUAAUACGUUUCAAGGCUCCAUUAUGACAGCUGUUAGCGGAGUAGCUGAAGAUGUUGAUCACGAAGGCUACGGUGCCAAAUUAGAGGUUCCUUGUUUGCAUCCCGGUAGUUAUUCGACUGUACUGCCAUGGCGCGGUGCAGCAGCGCACAAAGAACUUAUGCUGAAAUAUAGUUACUGCGCUCCUAUCUUGAUUUUGAGUCGCGAUAAAGAUUCUGUGGGUCGCGUUCGAUAUGACGAGAACGAUAAUGUAAUGGUAGAUUUUAACUUGUCAAACCAUGACCGCCGAUCCAUAUUAGCCGGUAUCGAAAAAUCAUUGAAUGUAUUGGUGGCAGCAGGUGCACGUGAACUGCAUACAGGCCAGUUUGGUGUACAGCCUUUUGUGUUUAGAGAGGAAGAAGAAUCACGCGUCGAUAAUCAUAGGUUUAUCUCCUGGAAGCAGAAGGUAUUGAAGUACGGAUUGCCACCUAACGGAGCAGGGAUUUUCAGUGCUCAUCAGAUGGGCAGUAAUCGUAUGGGCAUAUCACCGAAAGUGUCUGCUGUGAAGCCUACAGGUGAGACUUGGGAAGUGAAAGAUUUAUAUGUCGCUGACGCUUCUGUAUUCCCGACUUCUUCUGGUGUCAACCCUAUGGUAACAACUGAAGCUAUUGCGUUGCAUAUAGCAGACUGUAUCAUUAGCAAGCAAAAUAACAAUAGUGCUAGGCUCUAAGAAACCUCUUUAAUUGAUAUAUGUUCAGUUUUCUGUUUUAUUAAGAUUAUUAUCAAAGUAAUUAAAGAUAUGGUCCAAUUUCAAAAUCGCUUUUUCAGGCUUUUUACUACGUAUGUGUAACAAUAGAAAUAUCGUAAGUAAGCUAUUAGACAAUAUACUUAAGGAGGAUACUGUGCAGAGAGAAAGAGUUCCGUUGAGUGAUUAAGUUAGGCAGCUAGAAAAGUCAUUUCGAAUAUGUUGAUUGGAUAUUUAUUGUUUGAUCUUUUUUGGUUCAUUAUUUUCAUCUAUAGAUGUUGGUGAACGUUGUCUUUUAGUGGCUGCCGUUGACAGUGAUGCAGACUCAGCAGUGCUACCGUUAUUAUUGGCAGGUGGGG